UCUGAAGCAGCUUAACCAGCUGGAAAUCUUUAAUCCCGCUCCUUCAAAACAACAACAGGAGAAGCCAAUUCUCUUGAUUUCUCUAGGGAAGGUGAAUCGAAGGACUGUUGGGUAUGUGUAGUGGUUCAAACAGUAAACUUAGUUCCUCAGGCGUCCUCAUGGAAGCUGAAUUCCCUAAGAAUAAAGAUCUUGCCUCAAGUAAAUGUUCAGUUUUGCUUGAGUUGGCUGCAUCUGGUGAUCUUGCUGCCUUCAAAAGGGAAGUGGAAGAAAAGGGGUUUGACCUUGAGGAGGCAAGCUUUUGGUAUUCUAGAAGAAUUGGGUCUAGAAAGAUGGGUUUUGAGGAGAGGACUCCACUCAUGGUUGCUGCCAUGUUUGGUAGCACUGAGGUUUUGAAGUAUAUCAUUGGAAGCGGCAUGGCUGAUGUGGAUAGAGCUUGUGGUGUUGAUGGGGCCACUGCUCUUCACUGUGCUGUUUCUGGUGGUGCCAGUUCUUCUGUGGAGAUAAUCAAGCUUCUGCUUGAUGCGUCAGCUGAUGCUGGUUGUGUUGAUGCUAGUGGGAACAAACCCAUUGAUUUCAUUCCCCCAGCUUUAAGGUUCUUAUGCAAUUCUAGAAGAAAGGUGAUAGAGUUGUUGCUGAAAGGAGAGACUUUGAUUGGGACUAUUGAUGAAAAUCAGGAAGAAGUACCAGAGAAGAUGAUUGUGCCUCAAUUGUCAAAGGAUGGGACUGAGAAGAAAGAAUAUCCAAUUGAUGUAUCGUUGCCUGAUAUAAACAAUGGAAUAUAUGGCACCGAUGAGUUCAGGAUGUAUACUUUCAAAGUAAAGCCUUGCUCAAGGGCAUACUCCCAUGAUUGGACAGAGUGCCCUUUUGUUCAUCCUGGGGAGAAUGCUAGGAGGAGAGACCCAAGGAAGUACCCUUACAGCUGUGUCCCCUGCCCAGAGUUCCGUAAGGGGUCUUGUCCCAAGGGUGAUGCUUGUGAGUAUGCACAUGGUGUGUUUGAAUCCUGGCUUCAUCCUGCCCAGUACAGAACUCGGCUCUGCAAGGAUGAGGUUGGCUGUAACCGCAAAGUUUGCUUCUUUGCACAUAAACCUGAAGAACUGCGACCUGUAUAUGCAUCCACAGGGUCAGCCAUGCUCUCGCCAAGGUCUGCUGCAAUCAGUGCUGUGGACAUGGCAGCACUGAGUCCUCUGGUGCUUGGUUCCUCAUCCCUGCCAUUGCCUACUGCUUCAACCCCACCGAUGUCUCCCUUGGCAGCCUCUUCAUCACCAAAGAGUGGAGGCUUGUGGCAGAACAAAGUUAACCUUGCUCCACCUGCCUUGCAGCUACCAGGAAGUCGGUUGAAGUCAGCUUAUAGUGCUAGGGAUUUGGAUUUGGAGAUGGAAUUAUUGGCACUAGAGAAUCAGAACAGCCAAUUGCACCAACAGCAAUUGAUGGAUGAGAUAUCUGGUCUUUCCUCUCCCUCUUGCUGGAAUAAGGAAUUCAGUAGGCUUGGAGAUUUGAAGCCUACUAACCUCGAUGAUGCCUUUGGAUCCCUCGAUCCUUCCAUGUUGUCUCCAUUGAAAGGACUGUCGAUCAAAUCUGCAACACCAACUCAGUUGCAAUCUCCAGCAGGGCUUCAAAUUCGCCAAAACAUGAACCAACUGCGUGCAAGCUACCCAACAAACAUGUCAUCCUCUCCUGUGAGGAAACCCUCUUCUUUUGGUUUUGACUCAUCUGCUGCAGUGGCAGCAGCGGUGAUGAAUUCUAGGUCCUCUGCAUUUGCCAAACGGAGCCAGAGUUUCAUUGAUCGUGGAGCAGUAACUAGUAGGGUUGGGCUUACUGCCGCUUCUAAUUCCCCAUCUAUGAUGUCCUCAAAUCUCUCUGACUGGGGCUCCCCUGAUGGGAAACUGGACUGGGGAAUCCAAGGAGAUGAGCUCAACAAGCUGAGGAAGUCUGCGUCCUUUGGGUUCCGGAACAACAGUCCUCCAAAGACACAAAUGAUGCCCAUGAAUACUGAAGAGCCAGAUGUAUCUUGGGUUAAUUCCCUGGUGAAAGAUGUCAGUCCUGUGGGAAGUGGGUUGUAUGGCAAUGAGAAGCAGCAGCAGUAUGGUAUGGGCACAGGUGCUUCUGAGUCACUUCCAGCAUGGGUGGAGAAAAUAUACAUAGAACAGGAGCAGAUGGCAUAAGGAAGAGCCAUUUGCUUAUAGAUUCAUUCUAACAAAUCUGAUACUUGGAAUUCUUAUCAGUAUUCAUCGUAGGUGGUGGUAAACUGCGAACAAGAGAUAGAUGCUGAAGAACAAAAAAUAUGAGCCGGAGGCAUCAUUCUCUGCUCAUCCUAGAAUUAGGAAAAAUUUAUUGAUUAUUUUAUAUUCUUAAUUUUUUUUUACCCUCUUCGCCUUAGGGAAUGUUAUUUAUAUCUUGCUUAGUAAUGAAAAACUACUGUGAUCAAACGUUGACUCAGAGAGAGUUGCUGCUUUUAUAUAAUCCUCCGUUGGAAGUCCUCCUUGUAUUUAAGCAAUCUCUCAUUGUGUAUCUCUAUCUCCAUAAUAUAUAUAUAUAUAUCUU